AUGGCGUGUUAUCUGAGAGUUUUGCCAGUUGGCAGAGCUUUUGCUUUGGUACAACCGACUUAUGAGCGGCAGCCAUUGAAGUCUGAUCUGAUCAAGCAGCCUGAGGACCAGGGUGAGGUAAUCAAGGUAUAUCUAGAAGACCGCAAAGAGGCGCAAGCCAGACACCAACAGAGUCUAAAAAUGCUCUCAGAGGAAGUUUCACAAAUACAGGAGGUGAGAUAUUGUCUAAAAAACCUCAGAGAGCAGAUGGCAGCUAAAAGUCACAGGACUGAACAUAAGCUGGUGUUAUCUGGUCCAAGAAAAGUUAAUGGCACUCAUUCAGCACUAACACAGGCCCUAAAUGGUUUAGAGAGACAGGAUAGUGUGGAUGAGCAAGAAAAAGAGAAGAUGAGGGAGGCCAGUAAGCGUCUGUAUGCUCAACUCCAAGAGGCCGAGAAGAAACACCAGGAGGAGAGAGAAAAACUGCUGGCAGAGGCACAGCAGUAUAAGCAGCAAUUAUCUGAGCAGAGCGAGUAUCUGAAGAGUGUUCAGCAGAGCAAAGAGCAGCAGGAUCAGCAGAUCGAAGACCUGAGACGUCUCAUGGGUGGCAUGGAGCAGGAGAGCUCCACCCUCAGAGACCAACUCAUGACCAGAGAAGCCGAACUCCUGCAGCUGCGCGAACUGAGGGAGGAGGGCCAUGCAGGGAGGGAGAGGUUAGAAGAGGUGGAAAAGGAAAACGCAAUUCUGAAAGAGAAGAUUCAUCACUUGGAUGACAUGCUCAAGAGUCAACAGAGAAAACUACGGCAAAUGAUUGAACAGCUUCAGAACUCGCGAAUGGUGAUUCAGGAGAGAGACCGAGUGAUCAGAGAGCUGGAGGAAAAGGUGGCCAUGCUGGAGGCAGAGAACAAACAAAUGCAUGAUCAGAUGGAUUACUACCUUGGGAGUCAAAGGUCAAACUCAUACCUGCCAUCAGACGGCAAUGCGCAGAUUGUCUACAGCAAACCUCUGAGACCAUCCACCCAGACCAACAAGAGCCUGCCCUUCAUCAAGGUCAUUGAAAUUAAAUCAUGAACCUUACCACAACAACAUCCUGUGACAGCCGCACCAUCCUCCCUAACACAGUGAAGGAGAAUACUAGCAACAUCACAGACCUUCACCAAAUGACAAUGCGAUUGCUUUAAUGUCGGAAGGCCUUUUCUGCAAGAAUACUUCUAACAGCGCAGAGGUCUGUUACUGGUAUUGCCAUUAUUACAUACUCUGAGUUAUCGAGAUAGAUUUGACAGAACAGGGACUGUUAAAGUGAACAUAUCCAUUUAUAUGAAGACAAAUGAAGAAAACAAAUGAAGAACUCAUCUUUUCAUUAUUGUGAGAUUUGUGAAGGGCUUCUAGAUGGAUUCUGGUGUAUUUUGGUAUUUAUUUGAGGCUGGUCCUCUGAAGACUGUCUUUCACCCAACGUUAAUAGGCAGACUGUGAUGCUAAACACCCUCAUUGAGCUCUCGUUAUCUCUCGUAAUCUCCUUUGGUAUUAGCUCGGCUAAACUUUAGUGGGUCUGUGAGUUCGCUGAAAUCACAGGUGAAAAUCUGUUAAAAUUAUAGAGACAAUGGAUGGGAAGAACAUUUUUAUUUAAUUUUAAAAUGACACAAGUUUGUGAAUUAAAGGAUGAAGGAUUUUUGUGUCUUAAUUGUAUCUAUUUGUAUCCAAAUUAAGGCAGGAGAUUGAGAUGAGAUUUUUGCAAUCAUUCAGCCCCCAUUUCACAGUGAGUCGUUCAUCCUGAAACAAAAAACUGCAACAAAUAUUUAUUCUUGAUUUAAAUGCUUUUCUCAACCAAAGGGAUACAGCAGGGAGAAUCCAAUGACUCACCUUCUAUGAAAAACAAAGACGCCUUGUGAGUGUUUCAUAAGUUUGAAAGAAUGUAACACUUGUCCUCCACUGAGCCAGACCAGUUCAGGCCAGUAGGGCACAGCGUGAGCUCUGUUAUCCAGUCCAGCCACUGCAGUACAAUCUACAGUUACUCAGUUAGCCAUUUCCAACAUUCAGUAAACUGGUUUUAUAACACCUAGUUAGAGAAGUGAUGUGAUUGGCCAGAGCACCUGCCCACCUCAAAGUAAUGUCAUGUGAACUGUUAAUAAUACCACAACAGAGAUUAUUUAUACUGCAUUAAUUUAAUUCUGCAUUUCAUAACCAUGUUUAUCCACCUUCACAUUUGAAGAUAGUGUGUAUAUUUUCUCUUUGUGUGAACUUGAACCUUAUGUGAAUUUCUUAGACAGGCUUCAUAUUAGCAUGUAACACCCUUUAUUAUUUUUUUAAUAAUAAUAUUUUUGUAGUAAAAACGAGUGGUUUGCAAUGCUUGAAUUAAUGACAUCUUGUAUAUUAUAUUUAAAUAAAUUAGUUUCAUGAA